AUGCCCACUUCCAUCAAGAUACCGAAGGUGCGGACGCAUACGAGUCACCAUGAGGCCAGCAUCAGUCAGCAAGCAGCCGGAGGCCGAGACUGGCCUGAGCAGUCAAAAGGGGGAGGGACAGGGACGAACGAGACGAGGGUUACCUGGGGAUCGAGCGGCGAGCAUGUAGCCCCGCCUACUCCGAGCAUCGCGACCACCGAGGGCGCGAAGACCGUGCCCACUGCGCCGCCGGCCUCGACCGCUGACCAGCCAGCAAUAGCGGCAGCGGCGAGUGACCAGGCCAUCGCAAUCACGCCGAGCUCGUUCUACGAGGCCCCUACCACUGCCGCCUUCGUCGAGCUUGUCAAGAAACGGCCGGAGAUGGCGCCCCAAGGGUUCCAGAAGGGCCAGACCGACACCAUCGCAUUGCGCGCACGUUGGUGGCGUUAUUUGCAGCGCGCCGGAGGGAAGCUCGAGGACACGGACGCGUUCAUUAAUGCGACCUUGCACGUCAUUGCGUCGGGACAGUACAAGGCCACCAUCGAUGAGGGCAAGGUCGAGAAGGCCCCGACUAGAUUGUCGCCCGACUUCGAGGGCAACCCCACCGACGAGGAGCAAAUCAUCAAGUACCUCGCCGGCUGUGGCAUAUGGACCCAAGGGAGACACUACGAGGCUGCCAUUGAGCUCGCGGAGUUGCGUGGAGUCAAGGGUGCACCGACACCGGACCCUUUCGCCGACUAA